AAACAAUCCAAGAAAAAGCAUACUAGAGUUUAGAGCUCUCAGCCUCCAUUAAUGGACGAUAAACACCAUUCAAAUUCCUAACCAAAAUACCCGACCUUCAUUAAGAAUUUACAAUUUUAUACGGAGUACUUCGUAAUAUGUAUGAAUUGAUUUUAUCUGCUCCAUGAAAGGCUGUGAUGCAAUUAACGAAGACGAGGAGCCCUCCUGCUGCGAAUGGUCAUGUCACGUACCAGUUUAGUGUUUAAAGGCUGGAGGUGUUGACCCGGUCAACAAGAGUGUGCUCUCACUUUUGGCCUUUACUCCAAAUAUAUAUGUUUGUGGCCGAGGAAGAGCAUUUGUGGACGAGUUCGUAACUGUCAGGCGCGCCCCACCAUUGCUGCCCGAGCUGAAUAAAUUCAAAGAGAUAAGUUCUUCCAUUAGUCUUAGGGAGUCACUAGAGUUUAGUGGUGCUUGGGUGAGUCACUAUGGGAUUUUUAUGGAAUAUGGUUAUUUGCGCAUCAACCAAAUCACAUCACUUAAAAACUGUAGUAUGUACAUCAUACUGUCAUCAUGUCCAUAUAUUUGCCCGCAUAUAUUGUUAAGUUUUGCAAAUAUCAAAUAAUUAUCCACAUAUAAUAUCGUGUGUGGGUAAUACGUUUUACUUACAGAGUUUCACCCACAAAUCUAUACCUAUUAUAUGUGCGGGUAAAUAUCAUUUCCGACAUAUAACUAUACUUUUACCAACACAUGUGUGUGAGAAAGAACCCUAUUUUCUUGUAGUGAUAUAUAAAGAAAUUUGUCACGCGCUAAUACUCUUCUUUUCUGGGUUCAUGUACUCUUGUGACAUAAAAAAUGGACUUUUGGAAUUCAUGCUCCAACCAUUAAAAAUGUCCACACCCCUCAUAUCAUGGAAACAAUGAUGUGUGUGGCAUUUUCGAUGCUCUCAAUCUAAAUGUCAACAAUCAUACAUUCUUAAUUAAUAGCACAUUUGUGUACGGAUUGUGCACUCCUUUCUCUAAUGAGUGUCUCACACUUCGACCUCAAGGGUGGGGUGGAUGGGGAAAGGUCAUCCUUUCGAAGCGUACGACUUGCAUGGCGAGUUCAAAAUAUAUAGAAACAUCAAGUGGGGAGUCGAGCUCUAUCUUGGAGUUAAGUGUCAUUGUACAAAGCUAUAAUGUCACUUAGACGACAACACAUUCUCAAGCUUUGUACUUUGCGCGAGUAGCGUGCUCUCAUCUCCAAUGAGGCCUCACAUACUUAUGCAGGGAAUUCCUUGCGAAUCGUUCGAUCGACUCAUGGUUUCAAACUUUAUUUAGCCCUCUAGGGGUGAGUUGAGCUCUAACUAUAAGAAGUGAGCUCAGUGCUCCUCUAAUUAACAAGCAAUGAGCUCUUAAUCUAGAUGAUUAAUGAGAUCUGAGCUCUAAAGAAUAACCAUCUUCUUUAAAUUUAUGUAGGUGCAGUUAAGAUCACUAGCGAUGACACUCAAACUAAGCUAUAGAGGUUGAGGCUGAUGCCUAAGAGGUCAAGGCUAAAGAGCUAGACCAAGACAGAGGAAUGCGUGUAUAAGGAGUUAAGGAUGUAACUUGACUUGGGGAGGAGUCGUCGAGGGUGGUACUAGCUUACUCCCUUUACCCUUUUCUUCACUUGCCUCAAGGAUGUGGGACUGAAAAAUGGGGGGCUUGUCGUCUCCAAGGAGGCGAAUUAAAGGAUGAGCUUGCAAAAAUAAGGAUCAGAGGCCAAAGUUGGUAAACGGGGAACAAGGUUACAUUGUGACUGAGUGGACGAGAUGUAGGCUAAAUGGAUGAGCCGAGAUUGAAUGGACGAGGGUGAGGUUGAGACUGAAUGGACGAAGGUGAGGCUAAGGCUGAAUGGACGAGGUAUAGCUAGAAAAGGCCAACUCUGAGACGACAACAUUUGAUUACAUUCUUGAUAGAGUAUAUCUAGAGAGAAGUGAGAGCUAGAGAGAGAAGUGCAAUAAUAUGCUUCAAUAGAAUGAUUUUGUAACCCCUAUAACUACUCCCAAGGGGAGUAUUUAUAGAGAAAAUACGGGCUGGGCUCCCAAGCCUUGGGCUCCCAAGCCUUGGGCUCCCAAGCCUUGGGCUUGGGAGGCCCAUUUACAACUGGACCGCUACUGGGCCGAAUACAAAGCCACUAAUGGGCUGUACAAAUGAGUAAGUGUAGAAUCCGGUUCUGUGAGGUCUUCGUGGCCGACGAGGGCGUGGCCGACGAGGGCACGACCGACGAGGGCGCGGCCGACGAGGGCACCCGGGUUCCUUGGCUUCAGGACCAUAUUCUGAGUUGGCACCUUCUCGGCCGACGGGGGUCCCAUGGCCGACGUGGGCGCCACUCGGUGUCUUGUGCUUUCUAUUCUUCUGAGUAUGUGGGUCCGGGGGCUCAGACCCAUAUACUCCAUACGGAGUCCCCCACUCUCUAAGCUGAGACGUAGACGAAGUGAAGGAGAGUAGAUUCCCGUGCUUUGGUGCUUUUGGCCGAUGCGGGCACUCCCGGGCCAUUAGCUGUUGCGGCGUUGGCGCUGUUUCCAUCUUGGUAAUCUUGUGCUUGGCCGUUACCUGCUCCUCGCUCUGGGCGGGGAGGCCGUUGUUUCCUUGGUGUGUUCGUUUGGGGACGAUGGGAGUCCUGCUUCGAUGGUGGCCGUUGAAGGCACAUUUUCCCUUUCUUGGACGUUGAUGGUUGAGGUUGAACCUUGCAUUGAGGACGAUGGUGUCCUUUCCUUUGGGUGGCCGGUAAGGGUGCUUGCGCACUCUUUUUGGCCGUCGCUGACUGGCUUUCGUGUCCCUGGCCGAAGAGCCCAUUAUGGUUAACUGUUGGCAGAGGACGAUGAAUGUCCUUGCCUUAGGUGGCCUGUUGGCCGUUGCUGAUGAUGUUAUGUGCCUUUGGCCGACGAGGCGCCGUUGUGAUACAUGGACGAUGUGGCCAUGCUUUGUGGUUACAUUCGUGUUUGUAUUUUUCCUUUUGUUUUGUUAAGGCCGAUGUAGUCCCCCAGUCCCCCACUGCUUCAGGCCGAAGAGAGUGAGGGGUGAAGGAGUUGCUUGAGUCCCUGGCCGAAGCGGCCUCUCCGUAGUCCCCCUGAAUCCAACCCUCAUGGCGAUUUUCUGGCCAAGGUAACCCUGUGGGAGAACCCUUGUGCGCAGAUCGCUUGUAGAGAGUCAUCAUCAAGGGUCGUUACGGAGAGCCGAUGGGCGUUCAUGACGUUCCUGGCCGUUGUCAUCUCCUUAUUGUUGGCAUUUGUGAACUUGGCAAGCAAAUAGGCCGUUGUGGGCGCUUGCUGGCACUUGUGAAGCCGGCAAGUGUAUAGGCCGUAGACUCUGACUUGCCAGUGGGCUCUUGAUAUGUAGGUUGGGCUUGGCCCAUUGGUGACGUGGUGGCCUCCCAUUGGUGGCCGUUGAUGUGGCCAUUGGGAGGGUGCCACGUGUAGUGACCGUUGGGUGGGGGUUCUAUAAAUACCCCUCCCCCUCCGACGAGAAACCUCAUUUGCAAUCUGAGUUGUCGAAGUGCUGGCCAAAUUUCUAGAGAGAUAAACUCCCAAGCUCGUGUUCUUCGUGUUCUUCGUGUUCAAGGUUAGUGUUCAUCACAAUCUUCUGUACUUUGCAUACUUUGCUUCCUAGGCUAGUGAUCUAGUGUUAGGCGCUUGAACACCCUUAGAUCCUAAGUUAUUCCCCUUAGGCUCGUAGUAGUUGUUAUGAUGAAGAGCUUAGACGAAGAGUACUAUCCGUACGACGACCAGCCCUCCACUAGGUCACUCGACUAUGAGGUGCUUGAGGAGUUCGAGGAAGAGAUUCAGCGUUUAAGUCCUUACAAGUCCGGAGAGCCGGUGGACGACGAAGGUGAGGACGAGGAGUCCGCCUCAUCUUCAAAAGGUGAGGACGCAGGUGCGUCCCGAGUGGUGGACGGGGCGUCCACUUCAGCUGUUAUCCCGUGCCCGAGACCGGUGUCUGCCGUGAAGGGAGCAGAUAAGCCGAAGAGAAUAAGGAGGCCGAAGAGCGGGCUGGGCGUUUCCUACCUGGAUCUCACAAAUAUUUUCUUGAUCAAGCCGGAGAGCAGCGCGGCUGACUACUUGGUUGCCCAGAUGUACGUGGGGCCGUUCGGGCGGGUUAGGGCACCCAGGCCGACGGACCAUGUACUUCAUCCGCCACCGGGAUACUUUGGAGUAUACCCGAUGAGUUUCGCCAAGGGGCUGAGGUUUCCCCUUCAUCCCUUCAUCACCGAAUAUCUUGACAUGGUGGGUCUCCCUCCGGCCUUGCUGACGCCGAACAGCUACGUAUUGAUGGUGGGGUUCUUGCUCCGCUGUGAGGAGCUGGGCUACAGGCCGACGACGGCUCUGUUCAUGAAUCUGUACCAGAUAGGCCGAGGAAGCCACAAAAACUGUGCGGCCUAUGCUACCCUCCAACAGCUGCCGAAGAAGAGGAGCUUCACGGAUUUGCCUUCGUCCAUCCAUGGAUGGAAGAGCAAGUUCGUUUUUGUAUCCCUUGGUGAGAACGGCACCGAGUUUCCCUCUCUCGGCCAUACCGGGAGGUUCAAUCUGCACGACCCGCCGAGGAGUUCUAUCUUGGACGCUCAGGUGGAGGCGUUCUUGGAAGGGGGCCGAGGAGCGUGAAGGAUUACAUCACCGAAUACAAGAUGACCGCCCUCGGCUUCUUAAGAUACUAUGUGUAUGGCGACAAGGAGGACGAUGUCCAACUUUGGCCGAGGAUGACCACCACCUUCGAAGAGGCCGACGGCCCGGAUUUGGGCAUUCCUGCUGAGGCCGAUGAUUUUGUCAUGGAUCGCCGUUCAAUCAUGGCUAUAGCCAAGGCCAAGGCGGCCGAGGAGUUGGCUGCAAAGGCGGCCGAGGCGGCUAGAUGUGCCGCGGCCGAGGGGGGCGGGGCUACUGCUGGUGCGGCCCCGAAGCCUGCCAAAUCCAAGAAGAAGAGGCCUCCCACUGACGGCCAGAAGAAAUUGACCGAGGCUGGCCUGAAUGUCACUAAGAAGACGAAGAGGGCACCGUCUCCUUCCCAUGCCGAUGAGGUCGGUACUCUGACCGUCCCAAGUGUGGACGAUAGUGGUCCCGUUGUGGAUCUUACUGCUGCUCCAAGCGAUGCUGCCCAAUCGCUCCCUCUCGUCCAGGAGCCACGGACGAAGAGGGCCGGCAAGGAGAUUGCCGCUGCGACCUACCAGAAGAUGGUGGAAUACCCCGUCGGCGGGGGUGUUUUUGACGAUGUCGUCCUCGGCCACGAUGUGCUGGCCCAGGCCAUGCCGACUAAAGAUCGGGCCUACCUCAAGAGGCUCGGGGACGUGAAGGUGUACGAAGGCGGGAUGGACCUCCUCGUCCAAGGUGCCUUCAUGCUCAUGGAGAGCCACAAGAGGCAGCACCGGGAGAUUGCUCGUCUGAGGGAGCUUGAGCAGAAGGCUGCCUCGGCCGAUGAGGCGGUAGCCUGCUUGGAUCGGCUCCGGGAGGAUGCCAAGGCCUUGCAACAGAGGGCCGACGAGGCCGCUGCAGCCAGGGACGAUGCCCUAGCCAAACUCGAGGAGAGCCAAAGGGCGCUUGAGGCUGAACGGCGCAAAAAUGAUGAAGCCGUGAAGGCAAAAGCUGAGGCCGAGGCUGCCGCUGUGAAGGCCGCUGAUGAGGCCGUUAAGCAGUUCUUGGCCGAGGGGUGGAAGGCCGAUGAGCGGCUCUCCUGGUGUUAUGAAGUGGUGUCCGCCAAGCUUGAAGAUUGGGGAAUGAACUCCCCCGCCGGCCAGGAGUACUUUAGCAGGGAGAUGGCCGUGUAUUACAACAUGGGCCAAGAGCGGAUGCAGAGGCUCCUGUGUCGGCGGCUAUCGCGUGCCCUCAAAGCCAUGAAUUAUACCUCCGGGUGGGCUAGGCGGAACUUGAAGCUGCCCAAGCUGAUGAAAGAUCCCGAGGAGCAGGCCAAACUUCCUCUUUCGGAGCGGGAGCCCCCAAUCGAGAGUUCCGGCCUCGGCGAGCCGGAUUACACGGAGUUUGACUUCCUGGAUGAUGCCACCAGUUCUGCAGCUGAUGUCGUCCAGGAGACUGAGGCCGAGGAGGGAGCUGAAGAUGUCGAAGAGCCAGCCGAGGAUGGAGGCGCCCAAGGGACUUGAUCGGCUACUCCCCGCUCCCUAUCAUGUAAUUAAUUUUCUAUUUUUUUUUGCCCAUCUGAUGUAAUGGCCGAAGCGCCCACCAAUGUACUUAAUUGUUUUAUGAAUGAACGUCUUGCUGUUCUGCUCGGCUUUGAAUGUCUUGCAUGUUUAUUCCCUUUUGCUAUUUCAAUUUUGAAUUUUGUCUAAGUGUAAAAGUUACUACUUAGGCCACCCGCAAGUGUCUGCUACGUCCGUGAGGUAGGCCAUUCAGUCUGGUGGCCUGGUCGGUAUUUCUUCGCUGUUGUAACACUUGGGAUUUAUUCAAAAAUUUUUUAAGUGUUUUAGAUCCACAUAGCUAGGGUUUGUCUUAGUGUCUUUCUUUCCGUCCUGACUGAGGCGUGCAAGCUGAGGUGUCCGCUGCGUCUUGGCGGUGUCCCAUUCUUCUUUUUUGUUAGAAUUUUCCUAAGUGUCCAACUUCAAGUAGAUGGGUGUUCUCAUCGUCCUGGUAUUGAAUCUCUCAGUGUUGACCAAUGUCGUUGUCGUCGGCCGUGCCCUCCUGUUGUGGCCGAUAAGGGUACCUUGAACUUAGUUUUUGGACUUGGAAAUUUUUCUAAGUACACAUGCAAGUCACAGGUAGCUAACGGCCUGCGGGUGUACAGGUGCCCGCCUCGUCUAGAGUUUCUUCAUACGAAUACUUAGAAAAUUUUCUAAGUAUAAAUGCCAGACAGUUUCUUCUUUGGGGUACCGUUGUCGGCUAAGAGGUGGUCCUACCUUCAUCGGCCAAGGCCUGGCUUUGUGGCCGAUGAGGCUGCCUUUUGCUUUCCCCAAUGGUUGCUCUAAGUGUCGGAAUCCUCUUAAGGAACCUUUUUCCCUAGAAUUUUCUCCAAGUGUUACACUUGGACAAAUGCCCAAAGAACUUUCGAUUGACCAACAGUCUGGGUUUCAGUGCCUGUAUCGGCCAUCCGGGAUGCUGUGGCCAGUAGGGAUUGUUCCUUGAUUGCUUGAUUCUUACGCGGAUGUGAUACUGCUCGCUUCGUCCCGAUCAUUGUCAGGAUUGAUACUGCCCGCUUCGUCCUGGUCAUCUUUCAGGAUUGUAAUUCCUUUUUUUUUCUUACCAAGUGUUGAUGCUUCAAAGAGCUGUGGCCGAUGAAGGUUGCCAUUCGCGUGUCACCCAACCACUGGUUAGGGUUUUAUAGGCGUGUGCUUCGUCCUUGACGAUGCCCUUGUCUGUGGUGGACGUGUGGCUAUAUCGUCCAUGUCACCUGUUAGUGGUACUACAUUUGUGUUUAACUGAUAUGUACUUAGCCAAGUUUGGCCGGGGUUGUAGGGAUUUUAUUUUUCCAUUGCUCGAGGCCGGCAAGGGCGCACGCUCCUCGGCUUCCCUUUUUUUUCGUUCCCUAUUUCAGGGGAGUAUCCUUCUUUCAGGCUUCGGCCGAAGGGUGUGCUCGUCCUUCGGUCGGUUCGGACUUCGUUUAUAACGUCCGUGGUCUCAGGGCGGGUCCCGUCGCCUGUUUAUGACGCGGGCUAGACUUUUGGUCGGUUUCCAACGGCUGUCGUUGCCCAUCCCUGAGUUUUGGGAUUUUGUCACCUCGGCCAUGAUUUCAGGCCUGUCGUCCUGCGAUCUGGCGCGUGGACGACGCGGUGAGCUUCCCGUUUCAAGACGUAGGCCGUUUGCGGGCCCCUCGUCCUGGGGACAUCGUCGGCCAUACCCGAGUGUUUCACUCUAGGCUUACGGGGCCAGGACGAUGUGCUCUCUCAGCUAGGCCUGAGCCCUUUGCUGAUACAAAAUACAAUGGAGUACCUGGGCUUGUUGCUUCGCAGGUUGCAAAUGCGAGGUGCCAUAUCGGCCAUACCUGAGUCUUUCGCUCUGAGGUGGCCGAUGAGGGCACCUGCUAAUUUUUUACUUUAAUUCCAGAGAAAAAAUCAAGAGGAACAUGAUUUUAUUCAUAAGUGGCUCGAGGCCGAGGGUGGCGUUCAAUCAGUAACCCGUUAAGGGGUGAGGGCUUCGCCGUCUGCACCUCCUUCGGAUUACUGAUAAAACUUCACCAGAUGGUGUACAUUCCACGUUCGUGGUACAUUGGACCCAUUCGGGUGUUUAAGCUUGUAGGUGCCGGGUUUGACCACGGCACUGACGAUGUAGGGCCCUUCGUACUUCAAUGCUAGCUUGCCACCCUCUGUCGGUUGGCUUGCUUCCCUUCGACGGAGGACGUAGUCCCCCACUUGAAAUUCCCGGGAACGUACCUUGGCGUCAUAGUAUGAUUUCACUUGACGCAGGUAGUUCUCCGCUCGGACGUAAGCUUGCUCACGUCUCUCGUCGACCAGGUGCAGGUCAAUCUUCAUGUUUUCUUCGUUAGCGUCAGGCUCGUAUUGUUCCACCCGUCGGCUAGGGAUGGCAACUUCCGUGGGUGCCUUUGCCUCAAAGCCGUAGCACAGGGCGAAAGGCGUCUCACCUGUCGCCCUCCUCGGCGUGGUUCUGUAGCACCACAGGAUGUUGGGGAGCUCGUCGACCCAACUACCCCCUGCGGCCUGGAGUUUCUUCUUCAGCCCCUCCAUGAUUGUCCUGUUGGCGUUCUCGACCUACCCGUUGCCCUGAGGGUAGGCAACAUAGGAGAAACGAUGCUUCACCCCCAAACUCCCGGAGGAGCUCCUGGAAAGGGGCUGCCUCGAAUUGGGUGCCGUUGUCUGAUAUAAUCUCCUGGGGGACGCCGAAGCGUGUGAUGAUGUUCUUGUAAACAAAUUUUUGGCAUCUGACCCCCGUGAUGCUGGCCAGGGGUUCCGCCUCGACCCACUUGGUGAAGUAGUCGACGGCGACGAUGAUGUAGCGGUUGUUCCCGGCGGCUCUGGGCAGGGGGCCGACCAAGUCAAUCCCCCAUCUAGAGAAUGAAAUUGCGGUGCUGACGGGGGCGUAGCUGACGGCUGGUCGACCUGGGGCCUUCUGGAGUACCUGGCAUGCGGUGCACUUCCUGACCAGGUCCGCACAAUCUCGCGCCAUCGUCGACCAGAAAAAGCCCUGGACGACGAGGCGUCGGGACAUGCUGAAAGGGCCCUGGUGCGAGGAGCAGACGCCACAAUGAACUUCUUCCAUGGCCACGUCGGCCUCAUCCUGGUGCAGGCAUCGGAGGAGAGUGCCAUUAUAGGAACUUUUGUAGAGUUUGCCAUCUUCAAUGGUGUAGCUUGGGGCCCUGAGUUUGGCAAGUUUGGCCCUCUCCUCGUCCGGGGGUAGCUCCCCCGUCGUGAUGAAGGUGACGAUGUCGGAGAUCCGGUCCUCUGGUCGCUGUUGGAUGCAUAAGAUGGGAUUGGCAUGAAUGCUAGACAUGCUCAGCUCUUCGAUGUUGGCUAUCCUGGAGAUGUGCUCUGGAGUGUCUGAGCUGAGCUUGGAGAGGGUGUCGGCUUCGGCGUUCUCGGCCCUUGGGAUCUGAGUGAUCUCGUGGGUUUCAAACGCUUUCAGUAACUCCUCUGCUGCCUGUUUGUACUGUCGCAUCCGUCCCUCCUUUGCUUCGUACGAUCCCUCCACCUGGCCCACUACCAGUUUGGAGUCGCACUUGAUUUUGAGGUGCUUGGCCUUGAGGCCGGCGGCGAGUCUGAGACCGCUGAGGAGGGCCUCAUAUUCGGCUUCGUUGUUGGAUACCCUGAAGUUGAAGUGGAUGACAUAGUAAGCUCUGAAUCCUUCAAGGGAUAUGAGGACGACGCCGCCACCGCAUGAUUUCGCGGCCGACGAGCCGUCAGUGAAUAGGAUCCAUGUAUCGUCCGGCUCCGGCCCGGGGUUGGCGACGGCCGUCUCUCUUGUUGUGCAUUCAGUGACGAAGUCGGCCAAGACUUGCCCUUUGAUAGAUGGCCUUGGCUUGAUCUCAAUUUGAAAUUGGCUGAGGAAGAUCGACCAUUUCACCAUCCUGGAGGAGCUGGUGGGGCUCCUCAUGAGUGCGCCGAGAGGCUGUUGGGUCAGCACAUGGACGGCAUGGGCCUGGAAGUAGUGUCCCAGCUUCUUCACCGUAUGGACGAUGGCCAACACCGUCUUCUCGAUGGGGGAGUACCUGAGCUCGGCCUCCCUGAGUGUCUUGCUGAUGUAGAAGAUGGCCUUUAGCACCCCUUCGUCCUCACGGAUGAGCACGGAGCUGAUGGCCGACGUGCUCACCCCUAAGUACAAGAAAAGGGUUUCACCGGCUUUAGGCUUAGAGAGUACGGGCGGGGACGAUAGGUACCUCUUCAACUCUUCGAACGCUUCCUGGCACUCCGUCGUCCACUUGAAGCUGUUGGCUUUACGCAUGAUCUGAAAGAAGGGGAGUGCCCUCUCGGCUGACCUGGAGAGGAACCGUUUCAGGGCCGCCAGGCGCCCCGUCAGUCGCUGUACUUCCUUGACGUUGCGGGGCGGCUCCAUGUUGAUGAUAGCUUGUGUCUUCUCCGGGUUUAUCUCGAUGCCUCUCCGGCUGACCAUGUAGCCGAGGAACUUGCCGCCCUGGACGCCGAAGGCGCACUUCUUGGGGUUGAGGCGGAGCCUGAACUCCUUCAUGAUUUCAAAGAUUUCCCGGAGGUCGUCGGCGUGGGAGGAGGCCUGCCUGCUCUUGACGAUCAUAUCGUCGACGUAUGCCUCCAUCGUCCGGCCAAGGACCACCCUGAAGAUCUUGACCACCAUCCUAGUAUAGGUGGCGCCGGAGUUUUUGAGUCCGAAGGCCAUGACGAGGUAGCAAAAGAUUCCCUUUGGGGUCAUGAAUGCCGUCUUUUCAGCGUCAUCUUCAUGCAUGGAGAUUUGGUGGUACCCUCUGAAAGCGUCAAGGAACGAGAUCAACUCGCACCCCGCCGUCUCGUCCACCAGCUGAUCAAUGUUGGGGAGAGGGAACGGGUCCAUGGGGCACGCCUUGUUCAGGUCAGUGUAAUCAACACACAUUCUGAAUGUUGGCGGUUUCUGGGUGAGGACGACGUUGGCCAACCACGUCGGGUACUUCACCUCUUUAAUGUGUUUGAUUGAGAGGAGCAUGGCGACCUCCCCUUUGACGAAGUCCCGCCUGUCGGCGGAAAAGUAGCGCCGCUUCUGCUUGACGGGCGUGGAGGCCGGAUCGACGGUCAGCCGGUGAGUAAUCACCUGGCGGCUGAUGCCUGGCAUGUCGUCGGGGCCCCACGCGAAGACAACGACGUAUGACCACAGGACGAGGAGGAUGGCGUCUCGUUGGUCCUGGGGGAGCUGCUUCCCGAUUCUGAGGACCCGCUCCGGCCGGGAGGUAUUCAGAGGGACCUCCUCGACCUCCUCGGCCGGUUCGGCAUGCGGCCUCUCCUCGUCCUUGGCAACGGCUGCCGUGAUGGUGUCUAUCCUCCGUCCUUCCCUUUCGGCCGGCCUUGUUAGCUUGAGGUAGCAUGCUCUGGCUAUCCUCUGGUUUCCUCUGGCGUAGCCGAUGCCGUCAUUGGUGGGGAACUUUAGGCACACGUGCUUCAUGGAGAUGAUGGCCUCCAAGUCCUCCAGCGCUGGCCGUCCCAAGAUCAGGUUGUGGGUGCACUGGAGGUUGACCACCAUGAACUCCAUGUCAAUCCUGGCGCGGUGGGGGCCGUCACCGACCUCCACGGGGAGGACUAUCGUGCCCUCGGCGUCGAUAGAGUCCCCGGUGAAGCCGGAUAACGGUGUCUUGAUCGGCUUCAGCAGAGCUCUGUCCAGCUUCAGCUGCCGGAAGGUAUCCAGGUACAUCACGUUGACGGAACUCCCCGUAUCGAUGUAAGUGCGGUGGAUGAUGGAGUCACCGAUCUCACACCGGAUGACGAGGGCGUCCCUGUGUGAUUCCGUCCCCGGAGGCAAAUCCUUGUCGGUGAAGGUGAUCGCCUCCGUUCGCUGCUUCUUCGGCUGGGGGGGAACGUGGGACACCUCCCCAAUGUAGAGGGAUUGGGCCCGUUUCUUUCUCUCAGUGGUGGAGUCCCCCAGUGUUCCCACCUACGAUGAGGUGAAUGUGAUUCUUCUUUGGCGGGGGCUCUUCGAAGUCCUCGUCGUCGCUGAGCCUACCAAUCUCCCGCUUCUUCGCAGAGGGUUCGCCCCCAUGUUUGCCGGUGUUUACCCAUGUGUUUUUGCGUGGGACACCUUUAACAAACUGGGAGAGUUCCCCCUGGCGAAUAAGACGCUCGAUGGCCUUCUUCAGUGUGAUGCAAUCAUCGGUGUUGUGCGACGAGUUUUUGUGGAACCGGCAGUAUGUGCUGCCCUGCUGGAUGGCAAGGACCUCCUCGGCCGGCCGAGGAGCCUGCUCGAUGAGGCCGUGCUUCUCGGCAUAGUCGAGGAUGAUGCCGAUCGGGUGAGUGAGGGCAACCCCCGGCCGUUCCAACCUCGGCCGCCAGUGGCGAUCUUUCUUACUCUGUCCACCAGAGCCGUGACGGCCCUGGGCACCCUGGCCGGCCGGGGACGGACCUGGGGCCGGCGAAGGAUUUGUCUUCUUGGAGGGAUGGCCCCCCUCUUUCUUGUGAUUGUGGAGCUCGUCGGCGUCGGCGUACAAGCCUCCGCGCUGGAGCGCCUUGGCGUACGACCUCGGAGGGUCGGUGAUAAGGCUCCUAGCGUACGGGGAGCUGCGGAGGGCUCCCUGAUACAAGGCGAGGAGGGUACGCUCAUCGGCCCCCUCGACUUCUUCGGUCUCCCUCGUCCACCGAUCAAUGAAUGAUCGGAGGGACUCAUCGUGCUGCUGCUUGACGACGAGGAGGUGGGUGAAAUACUUCUUCGCCCGCUUCCUCCCGGCGAAGUGGGUGAGGAAGCGUUGGGCAGGAUCCUGCCAUGAGUCGAUGCUCCCUUCGGGGAGCGCGUUGAACCACUCGUACGCUGGCCCCUCGAGAGUAGAGAGGAACCAACGGCAGAGGUAUUCGUCUGACGCGUUCACCAUCAGCAUGUUGUUCUGAUAACGGCUGAAGUGUUCCUGGGGGUCUGAUCGGCCGUCGUAGGACUUGAUGGCGUUUCCCCUGUACUUCUCCGGGAUGGGGGCCGAGAGGACCCUGUUGGUGAAAGGGGUCCUGGUCCUGACCUGGAUGAUGGGGUCACCUCGCUCCUCAGCCAGCUCCCUCUCCAGGGCGCUAACCUUGUUCAUGAGCGCGUUGAGGCUGGGGUCGUUGGAGGCGCCGGCCGUAGGGAUGUUGGUCGACUGAUUGGCCUCCAUCUGAGCUAGCCUCCUUUCCAGCUGGGCAAUGACUUCAUCCUGGGGGUCCCUGGCGGCCGCAGCGGCGCCCGGUUGGUUCCUCAUGCGCUCGUCGUGAGCCGCAUUGAUCCGGUGGCGCACGUCGUCCUCGUGCAACUUCCCUUUGCCCUUGUCCGGGCGGGGCUGGUCCGCUGUCCAGGACACAGACCCCAAGCUUUCCCUCGGCGAUCCAGGACGAGGCUCACCAAUCCGUCCUGCCAUCCUCUCCGAAACCGGACGACGGCGUGUGUCACCUAGCCUGUUGAAGGCAGAGGCUUUUCCACGCGCUGGGGUCUGCCCAGGCCGAAGAGGGGAAACAGGGUGGGAGUGGGACGACGCCGUGUCCUGGGCCAUCACCCCCUCAUCAUUGCCUAUCUGGACGGCCAACGGUUGGGGCUGAGGAGGUGGAGUGACGUUCCCCCCGGUCCUUGGCAAGAGUGCGCUGAGGACGGUGGGGUUCUGAGCCAGGCUGGCGAUGAUGACCGACAGCGCGGCCUGGACCUGUGGAUCCACGGACGGAGAGGCCGCGGCCAUAGGCUGGGCCGGGGCGUGGUCCGUCUUCUCAGCUCGUUUCUUGUCCAAGCCGAUGCGGGCAUCAGGGGCUCCGCCGUUGAGUUGGUUGCGGAGGUCCGCCGUGAGGUUGAAGGCCUCCUGGAAGACGUCCCCUCCGCCGACCUGGUCGGCCGUGGCGUCCUCAUCGUGCUCCCUGGCCUCUUGGUCCUCAGGGAUGGCCUUGCUGACGAGGUUGCGGUUUGAUUUAGUUCUUCCCAUGAUCAGUGGUUAGCUGUGCUUGGUAGCGACGAAGGGUGCUAACUUGAUUGUUCUAGCUCUCAACGAGAGCACCAAAUGAUAGAGUAUAUCUAGAGAGAAGUGAGAGCUAGAGAGAGAAGUUCAAUAAUAUGCUUCAAUAGAAUGAUUUUGUAACCCCUAUAACUACUCCCAAGGGGAGUAUUUAUAGAGAAAAUACGGGUUGGGCUCCCAAGUCUUGGGCUUGGGAGGCCCAUUUACAACUGGACCGCUACUGGGCCGAAUACAAAGCCACUAAUGGGUUGUACAAAUGAGUAAGUGUAGAAUCCGGUUCUGUGAGGUCUUCGUGGCCGACGAGGGCGUGGCCGACGAGGGCACG